AUGACUGAAGAGCUGCCUUCAGACAGAAUCUAUGCCUACGCCUUGUCCAAAACCCUCAGCAGGAUCCCCACCCCAGCCACCGUGGGCCUGUACUCAUCCUGCCACAGUCGCAUCCACAUGGUACUGAAGAGCAUAGAGAGACAAAUGACGAAAGAAGCUCAAGAGAAUGAACACUGGAAGCACAGGCAAUCUGUAGUGGAUUUAUUCAAAGUUAUAUUCAGGUUGCUCUUCUAUCAACCAGUGGACACAAAGGAAAAUAAGAGACAAAAGUCUCUGCGGUACAUAUUCGUGAGGUUUAGUGCCUGGCACUUUGCUGCCAGUGACAUGCUGUGGGCUGGUCUGGUGUUGCGGCUGUAUGAAGCUUUACAUGAGGACUUUGUUUCAUGGAGACCUUUGAGAAAAAGAAGAUACGAGUGGUGCUAGAGAUUACCCACCUG